UGAACUGACUUUUCGCUCGUCACGGAACGUUUUGUGUUAGAAAUUUCUGUAAAUUAAAUUAAAUUAUCAGCCUUAAUCAGAGAUGUGCUUUUCUAAUCUUAUUUUUCUAUCAUUUUCUUCUAUUUUUACAACAGUUUCAAUAAUCUUUACAAUAUAGAAAAUGUUUAUUUGCGGGACUACUGUGAUUCAAUAAUUUCUUAUUGAUAUUUACCUAUUUCCUUAACUAUAAAAUCGUAUUUUUCGCAAUGGACAAAGGCGUGACGUGUGAACAUUUAAACAAGCUCGUAGACUUCCUGGAAAAGGAUCUGUGGCAGUCCAAAGAGAGUUUAACAUGUUUCGACUGUGGCUGUCCGGGACCAAACCUUUGGAUCUGCCUGCAACCUGACUGCCAUCAUACAGGAUGCUCCGAAGUUAAAAAUGACCACAGCACUUUACACCAAAAGAAUAAUUCAUCCCAUUGUGUUCAUAUGAAUGUAUCGACAGAGCGAAUAUGGUGCUAUUUAUGCGAGAAAGAGGUCCACAUCAGGGCAGCGCUCGCGCAGGCGAAAAUGAAUCCAGAUUCAACAACCGUGGAAGAUAUGACGGUGAGAACACGUCAGGGGUCGAUCGGGAUAGCUGUGAACUCAGACGAUGACCUCGAUCCCGACGACAUGGAGAAUGAUGAGGAACAGCGGCCUAAAGGCCUGGUGGGGCUGCAGAACAUGGGCAACACGUGCUACAUGAACGCCGCGCUGCAGGCGCUCAGCAACACGGAGCCGCUGUCGUCGUACUUCCUGCAGUGCGCCGCCGCCGUGGCCGUGCUCGCCGCCGACAAGAAGCCGGGCCUCAGCCGAGCAUACCAAAAAUUAAUUAAAGAAAUGUGGAGUAAAAAAACUAGAGGCUACGUUGUACCUAAUGGUAUUCUAUAUGGAAUACGAAAUGUUCACCCCAUGUUCCGAGGGUACCACCAACAUGACACUCAGGAGUUUUUGCGGUGUUUCCUCGACCAGUUGCAUGAAGAGUUGAAGGAACCGGUGUGGGAUAGUACGUCAGAAGACAAGCUGACCUCAGAAGCAGACGGCGACCACGACAUCCGAAAUGUACAUAUUAGACGUAGAGCCGCUUCUUCUGGAGCCAGCGACGCGCCCUACUUCGCCAGGAUGAGGCGGAGAUCCCCCGCGCCCGGCAGCGACCCUCGCGACGGGUACUUCCGGGUACAGUCACAGUCAGAAGGCAUAUCGCGUCACCGGAGGUCGGCCAGUUUCGCGGGCACCCACCACUUUACUUAUAACGUACUCUCACAUCAAAUGAAUGGUACAAUAGACUCAAACCAAAGGGAUGUGGGUUCGGAGUCAGAACUGUCGUGCUCCAGUGAAGCGGAGGAGAGGUACGAGACAUGUUCGAGCGGAGCCAGCGACGCGCCCGACCCCAGGCCGGACCCCGCCCCCGCUGGCGGUUCGGGCGGCGGCGACGGCGCGGGCUCGGCGCGCUACCGCAGUAUCGUGUCGGACGUGUUCGACGGCAAGCUGCUGUCGUCCGUGCAGUGCCUCAUCUGCGACCGGGUAUCUACGCGCGUGGAGACGUUUCAAGACCUGUCGUUACCCAUCCCGUCUCGAGAACACCUGGCCAUGCUACGCUGCCAACAACCACCUCUCAGCCAUACACCACAUGCUUCACAUGCGCAUGCGCAGGAAUCUUGGAUCUGGUGGCUAUUGAGUUGGUUAAGGUCUUGGUUCUACGGACCCGUGGUGUCUCUACAAGACUGCCUCGCCGCUUUCUUUAGUGCUGACGAGCUCAAAGGAGAUAACAUGUAUAGUUGUUCCCGCUGUAACAAACUCCGCAACGGUGUAAAAAUGUCAGGCGUGAUCCGUCUACCGGAAGUUUUAUGCGUUCAUCUCAAGAGGUUUCGUCACGAGUUAAUGUUUAGUGCGAAGGUUGCGGCGCGGGUGUCUUUCCCCAUUAAUGACUUGAAUAUGGCGCCGUAUACUCAUAAAGAGUGCACAUCGAAAGUCAGCCGCUACUCGCUGUGCGCGGUGAUCUGCCACGCGGGCACGGCGGGCGGCGGCCACUACACGUGCGCCGCGCGCGCCGCCGACGGCCGCUGGGUGGCCUUCGACGACGCGGCCGUCGCGCCGCUGGCGCCGCACCACCUGGCCGCCUGCGAGGCCUACGUGCUGUUCUACCGAAAAGUUAACCCACAAAUGACAAUAUUGCGGCAGAAAGCAGCGGAAAUACUAGAAAAUGCAAGUUCGGAGCCUAAUGACCUAAAAUUCUACAUUUCAAGGCAAUGGAUUAAUAAGUUCAACACGUGGGCGGAGCCGGGCCCCAUCGACAACAGCGACUUCGUGUGCGUGCACGGCGGCGUGCGGCCCGAGCGCGCGCCGCACCUGCCCGCGCUGGCCGCGCGCCUGCCGCAGCCGCUCUGGGACUUCCUCAGGGACACGUUCGGCGGCGGACCGGCCGUGUCGCACGCGCACGAGUGCGGCGUGUGCGCGCGCGCUGCGCUGCGGCUGCGGGCGCGGCGCGCGCGCGAGCUCGCCGCCUUCGCGGAGCUGCACGCGAUGUUCCAGGAACAAGAACAUCCCCGCGCUAUUUACGCGAUCAGCAUGCAAUGGUUCAGACAGUGGCAGGCUUUUGUACGGAACAAGUCGCGACACCCGCCGCCCCCCGUCGACAACUCGUCUAUCGUUACCAAACAGGAAAUCGACGGCGUCACCACCUACGUCCUCAAACCUGGCUCCGAUCACGCGCAGCUCAGCGAAGAACUAUGGCGGUUCUUCACAGAGACAUACGGUGGGGGGCCCGAGGCGCGGCUGUCGCCCCCCAACCCCACUCCAGCCCGCCCCCGGACCUCCCGGAGCUACUCUUCAUCCGAUAGAGAAGACUACUGCAGCAAGGUCACCUCAGAUGUCAAGAACCAGUCAUUACAAAAGAACCAAUCGCUACAGAACAUAAGACCCCGUCGCGCUGACUCAGACGAUGACGUCGCCUACUUCCAGUAUCGACGCGAGACCAAUGGGAACUGUGACUCGGAUGAAGAUAUCGAACCCCGUGAAAAUGGCUUGGACUCCGACCGCGAUGCCACCGACAACCCCCUCGAUCCCCCCGACCUUGAGACUAUGUCCCUCAAGUACAGACCGAAAGCGGGCAAAGUGAGAAAGAUCAAAAGACGGACAGUGAAAUGAUUCCUUCUAGCUCUACAGUUCGUUCACAGACUGAUGCAGAGGUCUCCGACCGCGGACGAUUCCGUACAUUCCUAUAGUAACUGGUGUUGAUGUGCGCAUUUACUAGGUUUCUGAACGGUACUUCACAUCUGGCACGGAAAAAUUAAGAAUAUUUUUCUAUAGAUAUACUUUUGUCCCGCGGCCUCGCUCGGAUGUUAGUGUUUAGUACAAUUUUAGUUCAAAUUCAGAUAGUUAGAUACAUGCCUCCGUGUCGCUCGGAUCUAUCUGUAAUAUUUACAAUUGAAUGUAUGUGUUUACAAUCUAUCAAAUGUAACACAUCGUGUAAAGAAAAUUCAUAUUUGUAAUGUAUAUAUUCUACACCUGCAUUUCUUCGUUCGACUAUUAUACCGUGGGUUAGGUAUUUAUUUUUGUUAUUCCUGGUUCUAAGUCUAUAUGUUAUUUGUUAAUGGAUU